AUGCGGAUUCAGGAAGUUGCCGACGAACUUCGUACCGAGUUCCAGGAAGGAAUUCAAUCUGUUCGUUCUGAUUUGACUCAGAAACUUGAUCAAUUGACGGAAUCGGUGCUUAGCCUCGAUGUCCGAUUACGAGAAUUCAUGAAUCGAAACCCAUCCUCAACUCCAACCAGUUCCAAACUCCAUAGCUCUGUAUCUGACGCAAAUGGUUCCCAAUUUCGUGUACCAGAAACACCGGAACAAAGAAUCUUGAAGUCGGUCAAGGUGGAGAUUCCUCAAUUCCAUGGGUCUGACCCGAAUAAUUGGAUUUUUAAAGCAGAAAUGUUCUUCCAGAUGCAGCAGGUUCCAUUGCAUAUGAAGGUGCAGCUUGCUGGGUUGAAGAUGGAGGGCCAAGCUUCCCCAUGGUUUCAAUGGAUGUUUAAUACGGGUUCGAUUCACCAAUGGGACGAUUUCAUUCGAGCGUUGCGUCAACGUUUUGGUGCUUCGACCUUUGUAGAUCUCAAAGGUACUCGUUCCAAACUUUCCCAAUCUGGUUCGUUAAUGGAGUACAUUAGGGAUUUUGAAGCCCUGUUGAACCAAGUCCCUGGUUUCUCUGAUGAUGUUUUGAUGAGUUUUUUCAUCUCUGGCCUUCAACCGAACCUGAGGAGUGCGAUUCAACUCCAAUGGCCCACAUCCUUACACCAUGCCAUGCAGCUUGCAUAUGCCAUUGAUACUCACCACGACCAAUUGCGUUCUUCUCUGUCCUCUUACCCAAAGAAACUUGUCCUUACAUCAUCCACACCAACAACUAUCCCUAAACCUAGUCCCAAUCCUCCUUAUACGCAUACACCUAGUCCCAACAUACCCAAACCUUUUACACCUCUUGCCUCAAAUUUACCAAUUAAAAAACUCUCUCCUGAAGAAAUUGCAAGAAAAAGAGAACUUGGAAUUUGCUAUACUUGUGACGAAAAAUGGACCUCAAAACAUCGAUGUAAGUCCAAAAUGCUUUUGUUGAUUGGUGAAAUUGAUGAAGACCAACAAGACACGGAAGAAGAAAUUCUGUGGUCCCCUGAGUCUAAGGAUGACAGUUUGGCAGCUACACUGCAUUCCUUAGCAGGUUCUUUUAAUCCUAGAGCCUUAAUUUUUGAAACAUGGCUCUGUGGACAUAAGGAAAGUGUGCUAGUUGAUUAUGGAAGCUCACACAAUUUUAUAAAUCGUGAGUUAGCUCAUCAGCUGAAUGUUCCUAUGUUGCAUUCGAAGGGAAUGGAGGUCUUCAUGGGAAAUGGAGAUUUUCUGUUCUGUGACAAAAAGUGCUGCAAGGUCACUUUACUUAUCCAGAACCAUUCAUUUGUAGUUGAUCUUUGGGUGCUGGAAUUGCAUGAUUUGAGUAUUAUAUUGGGCAUGUCUUGGUUGGAAAGUUUAGGCCAAGUGACCCAUGAUUAUGUUGAGCAAUCCAUGGAGUUUGUGAAGGAUGGCCAGCGAAUCAAAUUGCAAGGUAAUAUGGACUCAGAUGAUUUUUCCCGUAUCAAGAGGCAUAAGUUGAGCUCCUGUUGUGUCCUUUCAUCCUCGGGUUCUGAUGUCAAUGAGCAGUUGAUUCUGCCUGAAUUGGAGGCUCUCAAAGACACACUUUCUGCUGAAUUAUGGGAGGUACUGUACAAGUACAUGGCUAUUUUCCAGACUCCUCAGUCAUUACCUCCUUUUAGAGGUAUGGAUCACUCAUUUCACUUGAUGGAGGGAGCAAGACCUGUGAAUGUCAAGCCUUAUCGUUUUCCUCAUCAUCAAAAAUCAGAAUUGGAGAAACAAGUGACUGAUCUGUUAUCUGCUGGUUUUAUCCAACCCAGCAAGAGUGCUUUCUCCUCACCUGUACUAUUAGUCAAGAAGUCAGAUGGCUCAUGGCGCAUGUGCAUAGAUUACAGAGCCUUGAAUGCAAUAACUCAUAAUUUUUUUGUUAAAAUGAGCAAGUGUGCCUUUGGUGUUGCUGAAAUUUCUUACUUAGGCCAUAUUGUGUGUGCUGAAGGUGUGAAGGCUGAUCCACAAAAAGUGGCUGCCAUGGUAGAUUAG